AUGGAAUCUAAUAAUCAUAUAGAACAAAUAAAGAAACAAUUACGUCAAAUUAAUGAUUAUAUUGUAUUUCAUACUCAACUUGAAUCUUGCAUUACAUUUAUUCAAUCGAUUGAUAAUGAAAAAAUCUUCUUCGUUUCUUCAAUCUCUGAUAUAUUACAAAUAUCAUCACAUCUUGAAAUUUUAUCUGAAAUUGACAGUAUCUUUAUCUUCAAUUGGGAACGAGUUGAUCAUGAAUAUUUAGUUUUUACAAAUUCAAAAUUGAUUGGUAUUUAUAAUGAUUUUGAUCUAUUAUGUUUAUCAAUCGAAGAACAAGUUCAUUUUCUUCAUCGACAUUUACAAACAUUCAACUUCUUGGAUCAAGAUGAAUAUUUGAUAAAAGAUCUAUCAAAACAAACUAUUGAUCUUCUUUGGUUUCAACUUUAUCAUGAUGUUCUCUUUCAGUUAACAUACAAUGAAGAAGCUAAACAAGAAAUGAUCGAUGUAUGUCGCUCCUAUUAUCGUGAUAAUAUCAAAGAAUUGAAAAUGAUUGAAGAAUUUAAAAAUGAAUAUCGAUCAGAAGACGCUCUUCAAUGGUAUCUGAAAAAAUCAUUUCUCUAUAAAAUCAUCAAUAAAGCAUUGAGAAUCAAAGACUUCGAUCAACUUUACAUAUUUCGAUAUUUUAUGAAAGAUUUGACAGAAAAUUUCAUUCGAGAACAUCAAAAAUUACUUCAAUCUGGUAAAGAAAUAUUAUUUACUUAUCGUGAAAUGAAAAUCACAAAGGAUCAAAUCGAAAAAUUCAAAGAGAACGAAGGUAAAUUAAUUUCAAUCGAUGGGUUUUUUUCAACAAAUAUUUUUUGUUCAACUGCAUUGACACAAGAAUUAAAACUUUCGAAACAAAAUGAACUCAUUUCUGUUAUCU